AUGAUAGUAGAAUUUAUUUUGUUAUUAAAGGUGAAGUGGAGCUUUAUGUAACAAAAUAAUCAAGCCAAAAUUUAGAAAAAUAUUUUUAAUUAAUAAAAAUUGGAAGUGAUAGUUUUUUUGGACAUAUUGAGUUUUUAACAAAUUAAGAAAGAUAAAUAUCUGCUCGCUCACUUUCCUCUUGUAAUUUAGUUUAUUUAGAAAAUAAAGAUGUUAUGGAAAUCAUUCAUAAUUUUUAAUAAGAUUAUGUAAUUUAUUUAUUUUAACAAAAAUAUAAAUAUAUUAAAAGGAAAACUUUUGUAAACUGAAAGAUAAUCUUUUAAUGUAUUAAAAUUAAAUAGACUAAAAAUGUUUGAGUUGCGAAUAAUUUACACAUUAAAUAACUGA